AUGGAAUAUUCGAGACGCCUUGAGCAUAUGGGGCUGCAUUGUCACAUGCGGCGGGACGCUUCUGGCGGUGGGCAUCAUGGACUUUCUCGCCUUCUCUGGAGCGGAGCCGGGCCGACCCCUGGAGGUGAGAGCGCAACAUCACUUUGGCGCAUGAUCAUGCUCAAGGGCUGGAUCGUAAAGGCAGUCACAGUGUCGACUUUGAUUUUGCGAGCCACCACUUUUGCUCAAACUGGCAUCUGUGCCGGUCUCAUUGCAGCGCUCUUGUUGGAGCGGCGUGGUGUGCCACUUGUCAAGGUAGCCGAGUACUCGAGGCUGCGAAGCAUGACCAAAUUAAUCGCGAAUUCCGUUGUGCUUGCGGCAUUACCCCUGGCUUACCCGUCCUUCGGCGAGAUACCCUCAGAGGUUGACAUCGCACCCACGGAAUCUAAAUUCAGCGAUACUAGCAACGUUGCCCAGGUCUUGCUACCGUUCGCAGAGACUAACCGGACCAACUUGCGGUGGUACACGGGCAAAGGUUAUGUGGUUAGCAACCGUGUAUCUUGUCUGGUUCCCACCAACAACAACACAGGCACACCGACAACCACUCCGUACAUGAACGGCACUAUCAACUGCAACGCCAAUACUACAGCCGCAAGUGUAGACGUCAAACCUUGUGAGAAAACUGGCAACCGUUCCACCCGCCGCAUUGGAUGGCCUGAUCCUGUGAAGAAUGAGCACAAGCGAGCCAACAACGGGCCUCUGUCUUCACGGGCUGGAAAACGUCAUGAACAAGACAUUCCACGACAACCAGGAUGCAGGAGGCUACCUAGCAUCUGGCUAAGCGUGCGGAACCUGAUGGGCGCCACGCUCCCCCCCGCAUCCCUAACCGAGCGGGAUAUAUUCGCCGUCGAGAGCAUCAGCAACGCGAUACAGGACCUGAGAAGUACUGCUGGGGAACCUCCUCAACUACGGCAUGUGGACGUCGACGGACUCUUCCAACAAUUGCUCGGUGCCCAUGUACUUCGACUGCAACGAGUCGAGGAGAGCCGCGCAGCUGCAGCACCGUGUCAUCGUCCGGGAUACCCUGAAAUUGACGGGUCGGCCUGCGUUGACGAUGCGGUCCUUUUUCACCAUGUGGACCUAGACUGUGUUCUAUAUCCUUCUGCCGUUUCUGACGCUCCCGGCUGA